AUGGAAACCCAAAAAACCAAAAAAGAAGCUUUAAUUUUGGGAAAACCAAUAAAAGAAUGGGCUUUUUGGAUUAUUGUUGCCUUUCUAGCAAGUCUUACAAUUAAAGAUAUUGUUAAUUUGGUAACUGAAUAUUGUAAACAUCCAAAAAAAUCAGAUAUGAGUGUUCGUUUUAAUGAAACAAUGAAAAUGCCUAAUAUAACAUUUUGUAUGAGUAGAGAACAAGCAUGGAGUCAUUUUAAGUUAAACAGUACAGAAAAUAAACAAUUAUGGGACAAAACAAUAGCUACACAAUUAGCUAAUAUGACCAAAAAAGAAGAUUUUCUUUCAAAACAAUGGGAUUAUAGAAUAGUUAUGGAGACAUAUAAUUUGAUAUCAACACUAACAAGUAUGGAAAGAGAAACAACAGCACAUGGAACUGUCGCAUCUAUUGAAAAAUAUAAUACACAAUCAAGGCUUGAAGAGAUUAGAAAAUUGUCAAAGCGUCGUUCACUUCAACGCUUUCAAAGAACAACAUAUGAUGAAGAGGAAGUAAUAAGUACACAAUUAAAAAUUACUUGGUUAUCACAAAUUCAACUUUGGUAUGUAAAACAAUUAAAAAUCGCAAACUUAAAAAUCAAACAAAAGAAAAAACAUCAAUCAAAACAUUUAAGAACAUAG